AUGUCCAUUGCGCCUUCCAUAUCUGCCAGCACACCGGCAGUGGAUCCUCUCAACAUGACAUCUAAACAGUCCAAAGUUGUUGAUUCAUCCUCACCCCCUGUCACGCCACCUACAAAAUCAUCCAGCCCAGACGCUGGAUCAGCUGUGCGCUCCAGUCUUCCUUCUCCACCUCCUUCAUCAUCCUCAAGGCGUUCUCGAGCUCCUGAGUAUUCACAAGAUCAAGACCAUACCGAACCAUCAGAGCGAGAAGUGACUCUCGAAAGGAUUGCUCGUCGCUUAUCACCCACUACCAAUACAACCACUAUUUCUCAGCCACAACCCUCUUCUAGCCAGCAUCUACCUUACAAUAUGAGUUCUGGUGUAUCUACACUAAAGACCCAUUCGACAUCGAGCUCAAUCUCAUCCUCUAGUUCCAACAAUCACCACCAGCCAGCAACACUCACCAACAAGCACAUCGCUGUAACAAAGACAAAGACAUUAGGUCAUCUCACCAGGAGCACUUCCUCUGAGGUCGACACUGAGGUUGCUAAUGCACUCGCAUCAGGACGUAGCAUAGUUAGCAAAACUGAUUGGAAGGAAGAGGAUGCACAAUAUUUGGUUCAUCUCAUUGAAACACAGUUCCCCAAAGGCAAUAUUAUCUGGGAUUGGGUCGGGCAGCAGAUGGCCAGUCGCGGCUUUACAAAAAGCCAAUGUCGAUCCAAAUGGAAGCGCAUUCGGAACAAGGUACUUCACGGGAAUGAUCCUCCCAAGGAUAAAGAGACCCGAGACCACCUCCGAGAUCAACAAGAACAGGAUGAACUGAUCGAUGAUGAUGAUGAAGAAACGAUAGAUCAGCGCAUAGUUGGCGAGUCCAGACAGGACCAGAAUAGGCUGCAUCAUCGAUCGGAUCAUGAGCGCGCACCUGAUGGAAUGGGCUACUCGGACCCGUAUCGCCCACGCCACUAUGACCCUCGCAGGUCCUAUGACCACCAACAUGGAGACGGAUAUUAUUACAGGGAGCGCAGGAAUGACUAUCGACCUAGAAUUUCGCCUGUUUCAUCAGCACUAUUACCUCCUCAUCGAAGCUCUGCAUCGCAUUAUGCUAGUCGAUAUGCUAACGGACGUGGUGUGCUCGAAGAGGAUGAACUUUGGUCUGAUGAGGAUCAAAGUGGUCAUCGUGGUCAUACUGUGGGUGCUAACCAGAACCCUCAAGACUAUUCUCCCGCCAGACAGCAUCAUCGCAGGCAGUCAAACCCACAGCAGACUCGAGACGAAACUACAGAUGAUCCAAUACGUUCAGUGUCGGCUAUCACAGCAACACCUACAAGCUUUGGCAAAAUCGAAUGGAAGCCAGAGGAUAGUGAUUUCUUGGUGCAUCUUAUUGAAACCAAGUUUGCGUCACGGAAAGUAGAUUGGGCAUGGGUCUCAAAACAGAUGGAAGGACGCGGAUAUGAUCGAACACAAUGCAAAUCUCGUUGGUGGCGUGUUCAACAUCGGCAAAAUCAAGCAAAUCAUUUGGGCAGCACUAGUCACUCCUCAUCACGUGGUAAACAACGUCAGGGCGUCGAUCAAACUCUUGUAGAUGGUGAUGCUGGUGUUCCUGCGAAUGGCAGAGAUGAUAAGAGUAUGGUAUCGGAUGAUGAUGGCGCUCAAAAUCACGAAGCCCGUCUAUCUAGGCCAGGAUCCGAGGCAGGACAGGAAAAUUCACAAACACUUCGUGCAUCAGUCGGACCCGAGCCUGGCGACAACAAAGGAAAACCUGGUGAAAGCGAACGACAAGAGAUAGGAGAAGAGAGGAGGUCGCCAAAACCUACGAAGCAUGAGCAUCAGAAACAUAUUGAAUGGAAAGAGGAAGAUAGUCAAUACAUGUAUCGUCUAAUUGAGAAGGAAUUUCCUGUUGGGAAUGUUGUUUGGAGUGUCAUUGCAGAAAAGAUGCAAAGUCGUGGUUACUCUCAAACGCAGUGUAUGUCCAAGUGGCGCAGACAUCUUAAGAAUAGCAAGCUACCUAAUGAAGCAAACAAACCCGGUAUAAGCAUGGAUAUUGACGUAGAGACCGAAGGCUCCGCAGGUGAGACACGUUUGGCAGGUAUUAGGCGACGAGGAACAGAGGAUCGAACUUCUUAUAUAGACCCAUAUGGCGAUGGAGCUAAACGCCUCCGAAGAGAUAUGCAUGACAUGCGACGGUUUGAUAAGAACUAUGAGUAUAGGACAGUGGACCCUCUCGAUGCACGGCUUGUCGAGUUGGAGUAUGACCGAUAUUAUGAUGCUGGCGGGAAGCGAAGAAGAAUGGAUGUUGAUGGACCUCUUCACGGAGAGCCACGCAAUCCAUAUCAUCACCGAAGCCAUUCAUCGUCUUACGGAGAUUAUCGAGCCUACGAUAAGGACGUGGAGCGUUACCCUCAAGAACCAAACUCUGUACGUUCGAGAUAUCAGCGUGAUUAUGAUCAGCCCGGGGACGCUUACUUGACAAUGUCUACACGAAGCGAUGAAGGAUUAAAUUAUCCUCCAUCAGCAAGGGCCUACCGGGAUGAAACCAAUGCUCGUUCUUCUGGUUAUGAGCCUGAGCACAGUGGAAACCACAUUCGUCAUGAUAACACUGACAGCUUUGGUCUUGAAGAAGGAGUAAUGGAAGAACAGGAAGACCAACCUAAGAGCGAAAGGGAGCUGUCUUACAGAAGGUAUUGCGAUCGAUCAUUUCAGGCCUGUGCGCCUUAUUGGAGUAUAAAUAGGAAUAACAUCGAUAACGAACACUCAUACCAUAUGUAUCACAAUCAUAACCAUAGCCAACAGCCGCAACCUAGUCACCAUCGCUCAUCCUCUGUGUCAUCGUCUUAUCGUGAUUCAUACGAAGCCAAUCACGCCCAUCUUGGGCCAUAUGGUGCAAGUGAAAUUAUUAGCCAAAAUCAACCUUCCAGAGAUGAGCCAUUGUCGGAAUUAAACAAAGAAACGCGACUCAGGCCCCACGAGUCUGAGCAGCGAGGCCGACCAAUAGGACGCAGCCCAGUGAGAAAUCUCAUGAGAAAUUCAUCUAGAGGACAGGAUAGAUCAAGCCUUUUGGACGAGCAAGAGGAACGUCGACGAGAGGACAUUCUUUUGAAUCGCGACACUCGCUAUGGUGGAUAUGACUAUCCGGCAGGAGAUAUCAAUAAUACCAGCUUUAGUAAUAGACGUCGUGCAUCUCGAGCGGGCUACGAGUAUGACAAAUAUGACUACGAUACUGAAUUAGGUCGAUACAGUAGCCGCUACUCACAGUCACACCAACAACGCCAUCCACAUCGGGAUUAUGAGCAGGAAUCAGAUUUUAUCGACUAUGCGUUGGAAGAUGACUUGGAGUGGGCCGCAGGUCGAUGGGAAAGUCGCGACAUGGCCCGACUGGCGGCAGCUGUGGCAAGACAGGGGCGUCGAUGGGAUGCUAUCAGGGCUCAGAUCCGAAUGCCUGUGUUAGUCAGUCCUUACGAUCCAAUAGAGGAUGAAGUUUAUGAUGGGAUGCGCUUCGACCCACAUCCUUAUUACCCUGAAGAGCCGAGGAAGUCUCGCCAACCGCUCUAUCAAUGGCCAUCUCCGUCAUCGACCUCAACUGCUGUUCCGGCACAUCGUUCAAGUGGAUCAUCACGCCAUGGAUUAUCUUCAAAAGGUCUGACAUCGAGCUCAAACGAACCGGUGGGUUCAGAAAAAAGACCCUAUAAGUCUAUCCAGCCAUUAGCUUUGACAGAAGAGUCUUUGGAAGUUGAUCUGAUCGUAGAAAAUGCCGAUGUGGAGAUGACACCCGCAGAGCCUCUUCAACAACAGGAAGGACAACAGCAAUACACUUGCGCUGAAGAUGAAAUAAUGGAUGUGGUCUCGACCGAAGAUGAUAGUGGCACUCAAGUAGCCAUAAACCCACGCAACGAUAUUACCACAAACGUGGAUCAAAAGAAGAGUGGUGCAACCCAAGCUACCGAUGCAGUUGUACGGAUAAGGAAGCAGGAGGUUGAGGUUGCUGAGGGCCACACUAGUCCUGUUCUACUUUUAGACUCCUCUAAAUCACCCGGCGAGGGUGAAAACCAGCUCAAGGAGAAAGAUCUUGUUGGCAAGGUUGAUCCUGUCCAGGCUACAAAAACUGAAGCUGAGGCUACAACAACAACAACAACAACACCCAACACAUCAUUAGUAGCAACAAUAGCUCCGACUGUAUUGUAA